AGGAUGCCAUGGAGGCCCAGUCUUCUAAGGCUCCAUUACUUUAUCAGCAAAUUCCUGAUCUAUAUGUGCCAAAACUAUCCAAUCUUCUGCCCUUUUUAUCUUCUCGAAAUAGAUAAGUUUUGAGUUAUAGUGUUUUUACUCAACACACAGAAUAUAGAAAUACUUGAUCCGAUCGGGGAGCAAUGUUCAAGCAAACUUUCACCGAUUUGACCAAGUUGCCGAAGCAACGCGUUCGCCAAUGGAUAUCCUCGUUCGAGACUGUGAUCUGCGAUGCUGAUGGAGUCCUUUGGCACUUUGCGAAGGCAAUUGACGGAGCUGUGGAUACUUUCAAUUACCUGAGUACCUCCGGCCGAAAGACUUUUAUUAUCUCGAACAAUUCGGAGAUUUCAAGGCAGGAGAUGGCCGAAAAGGCAAAAGGUUUUGGCAUUGAAAUCGAGGAAGCUAGUGUCCUGACUUCGUCCUUCUCAUGUGCCAAUUUCCUGGCUGUCAAAAAGUUCCAGAAGAAGGCUUUUGUCAUGGGCGAGAAAGGAGUGCAUGCUGAGCUGGAGAAACUUGGCAUUUGCUCCCUGAAAGUGUCCGAAAAGCUGGAGAAGCCCAUGCACGAGUUCGUCACCGAGUUGGAACUGGAUCCCGAUGUGGGAGUUGUGAUUGUGGGCCGCGAUGAGGGCUUCAACAUGGCCAAGCUGGUGCGAACCGGCAGCUAUCUGCUGAAUCCAGAUAUUAUGUUCCUGGGCACCUGUUUGGAUGCCGCCUAUCCCAUCGGCAACAACCGGGUGAUGGUGGGCGCCGGUGCCACCUUGGCGGCCAUGAAAGCCUUCACCGGAAGGUCGCCGCUGGUGCUGGGAAAACCCAAUCCCUGGAUGGCCACUACGCUCGUGCAGUCCGGGGCCAUAAAGCCGGAAACCACACUAAUGGUGGGCGAUACACUGCAGACGGACAUCCACUUCUCUGCCAACUGUGGCUUCCAAUCCCUGAUGGUCGGCAGUGGUGUCAAUACCCCGAAGGAAGUGCAGCAGAUCAUCGAGGAGGGUGAUCCCAAAAAGAAGGUCCUGGUGCCGGAUACCUACCUCCCCAGCCUGGGCCACUUGCUGGAGUUCCUCUGCUAGACCGACCGCAUACAAAUUGUAAAUUAUCAUUGGCAAACAAGUUCUGCAUAAAAUCAAUACCACAAAAGCGGCCUGUCUUCAAUGUCACCCACAAA